AUGAACGUCGAAGCUACUCUACUACGUCCUGUUAUUCAGGACAAUAUGUUCUAUAUGGACCGUGUAUAUGAUUUCAGCUACUUCACCAUGGAUGAUGAUGGUAUGGUAUGGGAGGUGAAUGAAAACGAGGCUGAUGAGUACGAUUAUUCGUGGUUAGUUCCUUACAACGCAACAACUCAUAGAAUAUCAACAGGCCAGCAUUUCGAUCGUCGCAAGAAGGCAAUCAUCUCAGCCGCGACGCCAGGGGCUCAGCGCGGUAAAGCUACUUCUCCGAAACCUACACGCGCUGCAACCGUUGAGCCUGGACAUAGUGCCAGUUCUCCGCCACCAGUAUCAUUCGCAUCUGGCCGGAAAGCACCAAAGUACAAGAUCAAGCCCUCACCGCCUCCUAUCAUAGGGGGGAAAAUUGAUCCAGGUAGAUUACGGACUGCGCCGUUCACCUCUCGGACCAGUCAAGGCGUCACUCCGUGUUAUGAAACUCAGAGUGACGAAGAUCUCGAGGAACCUAUGCCAGUCCCAGCGCUGUCAUUGGAAGGGACGGUGUACAUACAUCGAAACGCGAACGAUGGUUGUUACCAAGUUUGGGUUUGGAAGUUGGGUAACAAUGGACGGAAGAGCUGGCAUCCAGUCGACCUCGAUGGAGAUGCAGUCAUACACCCGAAAAUCAGUGACAGAAUGCUCCGACUGACGCGCAACGGAAAACCUAGUUGGAUCCUAACAAGUACCCAGACUACGUACGAAUCCCGCGAGAUACAUCGCGAGCGAGCACAAUCUCGAGCGCGAUCUCAAUCUCGAGGAGCCGUAGUUAGUUAG